GACACGGUCGCGCCCCCGGGUUGAGGGAGCUUGACGCUCUGGGGUUGCCAGGGUGACGGGGAUACAACAUGGCGCGCUGACAAGUUCUCGGCGCGGGGAGCGGAGGGCGGGGGGCCCUGGCGCUUCAGAGAGGACCCUCGCCGCCCCACACCCCCCUCCCCACCGGAGGGCACGCGCGGGGAAAGCGAGCGGAGGAUGAACAGUAAGGGGGCGGCCUCGCUGGGGGCGGCGGCAGCGGCGAGUCUCCCUGAGGGGAAUUGGGGGGGGGGAGGGGGAGAGGAGCCGGUGCAGCUCGGCUUUCAAGGCGGAUCGCGAGGAGGCGGGGGAGGAGGGGUUAAUGGAAUAUAUAUGUGGGUGUGGGUGUACGUGUGUACACGUGUGUAACGUAUAUGAUCUACAACAUAGCGUCGGAGAAGUUUGUUCCAGGUCCUGGAAAGAUGCGACCGGUGGCUGCCGAGGCCGGCGUAUAUCUUCUGGCAGCCGGCUAGUUAAACAGAGAUGCUAAAUUCUUAUAGCGAGAGGUGUCUGAUUCGAUAUCCCGCUUGGUGGGGGGUGGGGAGGAGAGGGGAUGAGAGCUGUGUGCAAAGAAAAAGGGGGGUGGCGAGGGGAAGCCAGUCGGGAUGGGGAAGAGGUGUUCGUAACAGUGUGGUAUAGUGGUUUCUGCAUGUGCUGUAGAGGGAAGCGAGGGGCAGAUGGGGCUCGCCAACCUGGGAAGGUAGCCCGUUUGGAGAAGGAGAACUCCAGUCCUAAACCUCCGCCUUGCAUGAUUUAUUCAGGAGAAGACAAGGUUUAGGAGUAAAAACCCGACACAGAUCCAGAAGGGAGUAGCUAAGAUGGUUGGAUGGCGCCUUGUACGCCUCCAUCUGGCAACUGCUGCAGCCAAGCUGGUGCCCAAUGUAUUGCUCUGCUUUCCUUUGGAUCAUAUCAGCGAGGCCAAGGGCGGCAAGUGUGUGUGGGGGGGUGUCAUCAACUAGACAGCCCUGGAACUCCACAAACGCUGCCCAGGCUUGUACCCCCAGGGAGGUCACUUUGGUGCUGUUAAUGCAGUGGUUUGACUUCGCCCUCAGAGGCGCACUCAGUUGUCUCUAGAGGCAGUAGAGUGCCAACAACAAAAGCGGUUAGAGCAGAGUUUUCCAAAUUUUUCAUGUUGAUGACACACUUUUUAGACAUGCAUCAUUUUGUGACGCAGUAAUUCAGUUUUACUUAAGGUUACCAGAUUUUUUUCAAUGAAUCCAGGGACACUUUUCAACUUCAAUGGAUUUUGUAUGGGGACUGGUUUGUAAAUCCAGGACUGUCCCCAGGAAACGGGGAUUUCUGAUAACCUUUUACUAGCAAACCGGAGGUUAAACUAACCCCUUUCCAGCUGCAGGAGGAGUGCGGGGAGCGUUCAGGCAACAUGCCAGCACACUCAUGUGUCGUGACACACAGUUUGGAAAACUGUGUUAGAGUGUCAACCACCUGGGAGAUACAAGAAUUCAAAUCCCCUCUGGGCCAGCCAUGCAGCUCACUGAGUGACCUUGGGCUAAGUCAGACUUCCUCAACUUCAGCCCUCCAGAUGUUUUUGGCCUACAACUCCCAUGAUUGUAGUCUCAAAACAUCUGGAGUGCUGAGGUUGAGGAACCCUGGGCUAGGUACUGCCUCUCAAAGGACACCAUUUUUCAGGCUUUGAACAGAGAUUGUAGGUGGUGUUUCUUCUGCUUUGUUGUGUGUAUCCUAUUCUAGUUUCAUGUUCGAUAAUUAGGACAGGCAUCCCCAAACUCUGCCCUCCAGCUGUUUUGGGACUACAACUCCCAUCAUCCCUGACCAUUGGUCCUGUUAGCUAGGGAUGAUGGGAGUUGUAGUCCCAAAACUGCUGGAGGGCAGAGUUUGGGGAUGCCUGAUUUAGGAUGUGUGCUUCAAUUCAGGAGUAUAUGAACGCCUAUAAUAUUUUCAGCCUGCUUUAUGCAUCUGGAGAAUUAUAUGACAUGAUCUACAAAAGCUCAUGCCAUGAUAAAUGUUUCAGACUGCAGUCCAGCCUUAAAACUCUUCUUAACCCCUGAUCUGAUAAUGCUUACUCAAAACACAAUUUAAUGGGUUUUCCUUUCAUGUAUGUAUCAAGCACAAGCCUUCCUUCAGGAGUGGGAAACUUUUGACCCUCCAGAUGGUGUUGAACUCCAACUCCAGUUAUCCCCAGCCAACAUAGCCAUGUGUGGGGAACUUUCGUCCCUCCAGAGGUUGCUGAACCACAACUCCCAUCAUCCCUGGACAUCCCCCAUUGGUAGGGCUGAUGCAAGUUGUAGUUAAGCAAUAUCUUGUGGGUCAAAGGUUCCCCACACCUGUUGCAGGCCAUCAUUAUUUGGAGGGCUACAGUUUCCCCACCCUGCCUUUUGUUACUAUAUAGAGUUGUCAAGUAAACAUACCUAAGGUGGUAACAGCAAUUGUUUAAUUUAUUAUCAAGCAGUGAUAUAUAUUGUAAAAAGAGAUCUUUAAUGGGGGGGUGGGAUACACAACCAAUUCUUACCAUGACCGUGGUAUGUACUUCACUCUUUGUAGUCUGUGUUCUACUGUUUGAACUGGGGAUAGGCCUAGAUUCCAUGUGCUUUGCCUUUAUUAGAUAUGUGGCUCUGAUAGUCACACUUCAUUUAAAAGAAGGGUAGGUGAGGAUAGACAAGCUGUGUCCUUCCAGAUGUCAAUGCAUUCCAGCUCCCAUCAGCCCCAACUAGCAUGGCCAGUAGUCAAGGAUGAUGAGUUUUUUACUCCAAGAAUAUGUGGAAGACCCCAUACCUGUUUAGAUGCUAGAACACAGUUUGUUGUCUACAUGUUCAGACUUCAUAAUCUUCAAUGAAUCUAAAGUUUUAAAGGUGGGGUUAUUUGUUUUAACCAACCGUUUUAAACACAUGCUUCCAAAGCUAUCAAUGGUGUACAGCUAUGAGCCAGUGCACUCCUUGAGUUGCAGACACCUGCAUCUGCUUUUCCAGCUGCAGAGCAAUUUGAGCCUCCCGCAUCCCUCCCUGAAAGAACUACUUUUUCUUUACAGCUAGCUGCAGUCUGAAGAAGUUAAUUGUCAUAAGAAGUUAGCCAGUGGAGGCUUUUAGAAGCAGUUGCUGUAGAGGUGAUAUGUAUGGGAGAUGAUUAAACCAAAUUAGAGAGGACAGAGGUAUCUACAGAAGAUAAUUGGAAAGAAAGUUAGAAUUGACUCAGUCUGCAGAUACUUAACACCAAAGAAGGUUAAAGAAUGGUUAAGAGAGUGAUCAAUAUGAUAGCAAGAGGGAUGCUGUCUAUAUGGGGGGCCAACAGCCAUAUCCAUGGGCAGCUAUCCCUGUGUGAGUGGUAAUGUCACACACGAGUAAAACUCUCUGAAUUACAUAGCAGAGCAUUAGGAGAUUAUAGAUGUAGCUACAGCUGUGAUCCCAGCUUACAUGUGCUACAUUUCACUAAAGGAUUCCAACAAUAUACCUCUGGGUAUAGGACAGUAUAGAAAUUUAAUAAAUAAUAAUAAAAAUGAUUAUUUGAUUCUAAGAAUCAAAACAGUCCAACUUAAAGGCUAGAUAGGCAUGAAUUUAAACGCCAUAGUGGUCAAGCUUUAAAAUGCCUGUUGCUCAUUUCUGAUACUCUUACACAGCAAACUCAAAUCACUGAAAACUAAAUUGACACUAAUUUGAUUAACAUUUUAUCUCAUAAAUGACCAUGGGAGUAAAAUGACUAUUUCAUACUUUGCUGAAGAAGCAUCUGAUAGGCAGUUAAGCAAAGAAAAGCUUCGAGUUAUUACAGCAAAUGCAAUCUUAAGCAAGGUGGAGCUCCUCACACAGCUGUCCAUAAAUAAGAGCUGUAUUUCCAUAAUCCUUAUACAAUGUGGAGGGAUGCAAGCCUUAGUUUUUGAUAGAUACAGUGAUGAUAGGAGAGUUGGUUGAAUAAAUAAGUAAGCUAUAACUGUAAACAUGUCCAAUGAAAAAGAAUUUAAAGCAAUCUUGAGGAUAUUAAGCUUGCUAUCGAUACUAAAACCUAGUUUUCUUUUAAAAUUUUGACCUUUUUAGAAUAUAAAACGAUUGGUAAGAUUGGCGAGGGAACAUUUUCUGAUGUUCUGAAGGUACAAAAUUUCAAAGAUGGACAAUAUUAUGCAUGUAAACAAAUGAAACAGCAUUUUGAAAGGUAGGUGCAGCUGCUUUUUGGAUUUUCUUUUUACUUAAAUGUUGAAAUACUGAAAUUAAGAUUAUCAAAGUUUGAUUUAAAAAUUGAUUCUGAAUAUUUAUAAAUGUUAUACAAAAAAAGAGGGCCUUCAAAGAGGACAACUAACCUUACAACCACUACAUUUUUCAAUAAUGGACUUGGCUGACGUAUCCAAAUUUGUCUCUCUUUUGUCCUGAGCGUUAAACAUAGUACAUAGCCCUUCUCCAGAUCCCACAACCAUCAGAGGUGUUAGAGCUGGUGACAAGAUAUAGAGGCUUCUCUGUGAUCUCUUACAGAAGUAGUUUACAUGCUGUCUUGUAAGCCACUUUCAUAACCUGGGGGAACGCCAUGAGAUGCCUCUGUUAUUAAUGUAAUACAUAAAUAAAAUAAAUAAAGAAAUAACACUCUUCUGCUACCGGAAGAGAAAACCAUGAAAUGCUCUAAUUCACUCAUCCAAGCAUGUGUCUCACACAUCUCUUGAGAUUAUGUGUGGCUCAAUCCACAGACUGGACAGAGCAACAAUAAAGAGGAGGGGGGAUGAAGUGUUUACUCUUCUGUAAUUUUAACAAACAAACAAAAGCGACCUUAACACAGUAGCCUAAUCUUUCCCCUUUUUUAUAUACUGAAGUAUCGACCACGUGAACAGUAUGAGAGAGAUACAAGCACUAAGGCGACUGAAUCCGCAUCCAAAUAUCCUCACGUUGCAUGAAGUGAUAUUGUAAGUGCCACAUGCUUUCUUUCACCUUCCCUUUCUAUACCGUGAGUAUUUCCCUAAGAUGAUGCGGAGGUGGUGAAUCACAAUUUCAUUUGCCAGAUCAGUCUUAAUCUGGUUACAGUUGUUUGAGGCAACAGCUCCUCUAUUUUCCUGUGGCAUAAUGAAUGAGAUUCUGCCAUUUCCUACACCCCUGCUCCCAGGAGGGCAGGAAAUAACCUUGCGUUGGGAAGUGAGCCUACUGGGGCUGCCAAUCACUUGCACUUGAAUGGCUGAGUAAUAUAUCUAAGUAAGGCCAUUGAGCCACUGGUAGCACGAACACCAAGACUCUACAUGUACAAGUUUUAAGGAACAACUUGCUUUUAUUCCAUCUUUAUCUGUGUUCUCUGGUAGUGUAGAUGAUGGCAGCAUGAACGGUACAAGAAAAGUACAAUGAAGGACUCAAGCAAUGACACUAUUAAGGAGAAUUACAUGUACAGGCAACUCCCAAUUUACAUGCAUUGAAGGCAAGUGUGACUAUGCGCACACGCAUUGCCAUGAACCUGGAAGUGGCAUGAAAAGGGGCAAAAACAGCCCUAAAAGAGAGCAAAAAACGGCAGAAAUUGCAUGAAAACAGUGUCUAGCAAUCCCACAAGCCUUUGCGAGUGCAAUCCCAGGAGCCUUUGCCCUGAACUUUGAGGCCUGUCGAGAGUUGGAGCUUGAGCAAGGAGGUUUGGAGGGUGCUUGCAGGUUUUUUCAGUGGUGUUCCCAAUAUACGUGAUUUCACUUAAACACGCGGUGCCUCAGAAUGUAACCCCUGUGUAAAUGGGGAGUUGCCCGUAUUGUAAGGUGGGCUAUCUUAUGCCACCUGCCCAAUAAAAGACUACAGGUGGUCAGUGGAUGAUAACAAAAUGUUUUUCAGACUGUUGUAUUCUACUGAAUAAAGUGACUUUUGUCUCCACAUAAGUUCAAAACUUUUGCUUUUGAGUUCUAGCCUUUUUACAUAUGAGACCACCUCCCAUCCACCAAAGGAUUUCAUAAGUAGUUUUAUCCUUUCUUCCAUGUAGUUAAAUAAGAUCACUCUUUUUUCCUCUUCAGUGACAAGAAAGCCGGUGCUGUGGCAUUGAUAUGUGAACUCAUGGACAUGAACAUUUAUGAACUGAUCAAAGGUAUGUAGAUCAUGCCAAUGAGAAAGUCCUUUGCAGAGAUUAUCCUUAUUUAUUUAUGCAAAAACCCAACUAUUUGUACAGUAUGACUGACCAAAAGAAUAAAGUAGGGCAGGUGGAGAACCUGUGACACGCUAAAUGUUGUUGAACUCCAACUCCCAUCAAUCUCAGCCAGCAUAGCCAAUUGUCAGGGUGUUCUUCUCUAGCAACAUCUGGAGGACCAGUUGUCAGGGAGUUGUUGUCCAACAACAUCUGGAGGACCACAAGAUUUCUCUAGUUGGCCAGUCCUGACGCCCAAGCUGAAGUCAUUCUGUUUGUGCAAUUCAGCUGUUUACCGCCCAUAGUCUUCUUCCCAGUAGGUGAAGGCAGAGAGAGAUUUUGAAAUGUGGAGAUGACAUUUCCAUAUAAUUACAGAUACCGAAGGGAAACACCUGCCUGACGGUGCUGGAAAGGAGGAAACAGGUGCAGGUGGGAAGACUGUGUAGAAAGGGAACAGCAGCUAAUAAUUGUGUCAUCUCUGCUCUGUAAUUAAGAGUCCUGCUAUAACAGCUCACACAUCACAAAUAUAUAUAUUUACAAUUCAAAACAACUGAUUGGCUGAGAUUAGAAAGCCACGAUCACGUUUCAGUGCUGUUGAGAGAUUAAGUCCCCUAUCUUUUCUUGCCAUUCCUUUGUCAUUCUUGGCCAUGUGCAUGUGUGUGAGAACAGGAGUUUGCACUCACCUGCUUUCUUGCACACCUCAAAAGUUAUCACUGAUGGCUGGGGGCAGGGGCGAACGAAGGCUAACCGACACCCGGGGCAGGGGAAACCGCCGGCUGCACACGCUUUGCACCGCUACGUACGACACAUGCGUGGUGUCACUACAUAGGGCGCAUGUGCGGCGUCGCUACGUACAGCACAUGCGUGCGACACUGUGCAUGCGUUGUACGAAGUGGUUUGCCGGUGGCGCCUCCUGAAUGUUGUACGGUCGGCGGCGGGAUUCUCUGCUUGCAGCUGCAGCCGUGAACAGAGGAUCCUCCACAUGCGGCUGCUGCAACGCAAUGGCUGCUUGCGCCACCGCGCCCGGGGGCAGCGGGGUGAGCACCCCGCGGGGUGCCUUCUUGUCACCCCCCACACAUGGCACCCGGUGUGAACGGCCCCACCCCACCCCCCCUUGCAAUGCCACUGGCUGAGCAAGGGUAGAUAGCAGUUACUGACUUUCCUUUCCAGCAGCAACCCUUUUCACCACAAGUGGAAUCACUUUCAAGUCUGAGGACUGUUUGGAUCUUGGCCUGUGGUUGUUGCCCCCUGGCAAUAAAAUAUAGCUGAGUAUUGGAGGGAAUGGCAUAGUGUAUGUUUCAAAUGCUGGUUGUAUGUUGAUGAAAAAUGAAAGGCUGGACAAGUCUGGUACCAUGAGCCACACGUAAUUUUAAUGCGAUGAAUCUUAAAAGUUCCAGCUCCACCAUCUUCCUUUUCUAGGCUAACUCUAUGUUUAUCUAAAGAGUCUUAGGAACUCAGAACUGACAGAAUUCAAGACAAGUAUUCACGGUUGUCUUAGCUAGUAUUGAAUGUGGCCACACAUACAAAUGCAAAAAAUUGCAGAAUGAUGACAGAAUAAAGAAGCUUUCUAAACUAAAAAGCACGCUUCUCUAUGCAAGCCACUUUCUAAGGGUGGUAAUCAAGUUUCUUCAGUUCAGUGCCUUUAUAAUAAUUUUGUCCUUGAGUUGCUACAGGGAAAGGCUUUCAUUGAUUGUAUUGAUAUUUAUAUUUAUAAGGACUCAUUGGGUGGCAGCCAAUGUCCUCCUGCUUGUGGAAGGGCUUUUGAUCUAGCAGAGGCCCCUCCCAACAGAAGGCAGGAGAUAACUUUCACCAGUUUCCCCUCCCUCCUCCAACCAUAAUUUUUUUCUCCAGAAGAGAGAAUCUGCAAAAAUAGACUUUUCCCCUUGCCUCUGUUUAAUCAACCCAUUGGUCCUUCAGGGCAUUUGGUAUAUGUAUCAUACAUAAAGAAAAUGUGGCUUGCUUUCUUUAGUUGCGGUUCCAUUUCCUUCAGCGAUGAAUCUUCUGAGGGACAGUGCACUCAUACAUGUUCAGCAGCUAGUGACUACAACACCUAGUGGUGACUCACUUGUCUGAGUGGGCCUUCAUAGAUGGAUGCUUUCAUUGCUCCUGAGGUCACCUCAGAUGUGAUGCUUUCCAGGAGAGUCAGCUCACACUAGUACAAGCUGAUGUGAAUCCAUAUUCUGUUUGUAGAUGCAGAGUAAAAUAAUGUACGGUAUGUAUGAGCUGGCACUUAGCAUGGCAAGGUGAUGGCUGAGGUCUUUUCCAUUUGAUAAUCCUUUCGAAAGGAGUGACAUAGAUACUGGGGGUUCAAUCUUAAAUCAUUAUUUGAUCUUAAAUGUGAACAAACUGCAGAAUAUGAGGCUCCACAGUUGCUGGGGUUUUAGUAUCAUUUCUUCGGGUGAGUUUGUAAGGACUGGAAUAAUCUACUGCAUUCACUCAUUAAAUUAGCUAAGGAAAAAUAAUAAGUUGAUAGUACAAUACACAGAAGCAACAACUAGAAUGGAAAUAGUUUUCUAAUGGCAAUAGUUGCAUAGCAAUAACUGAGAGUUAGAAAGCAGAUUGAUUCUGUCAUCUAGAAUGCAUUAAAAUAAGCAAUUAAGGCUUAUGAAAAUGUGACUGAGUUUCCAUGAUGAAUAUUCUGAAAAUGUCUGAAGAGAGACACAAUAUUAUGACAGGAGAUCUAUGGGACAAUAUGUAUAAAAUCCAGAUGUCUGGCUGUUCAGCUUCUUCAUGAACUUAAGGCUCAUUUGAUGGCUAAAUAUAAAGGUAUUUUGCAUUUAAAUAGUUGAGGGUAAAGUGUCUUAGGAGUCAGGUUACUACAUUGUAGGUUGAAUCUAGGCUAAAUUAGUGAUACAGUGGUGCCUCGCAAGACGAAAAGAAUCCGUUCUGGGAGUCUCUUCGUCUAGCGGUUUUUUCGUCUUGCGAAGCAAGCCCAUUGAUGGGAUUAGCGGAUUAGCGCUAUUAGCGGCUUUUAGCGGCUUUUAGCGGCUUUUAGCAGCUUAUCAGCUUAUCGGAUAAGCAGAUAAGCGGCUUAGGGACUUAGAAAAAGAGGGGGAAAAGGAAAAAAAAACCCAGGAACUCGCAAGACAUUUUCGUCUUGCGAAGCAAGCCCAUAGCAGAUUCGUUUUGCGAGGCACCUCCAAAACGGAAAACUCUUUCGUCUAGCGAGUUUUCCGUCUUGCAAGGCAUUCGUCUUGCGGGGCACCACUGUACUUUUAAUCCCACUGAUUACAGUGAGACUAAAGCAUGACUAUCUUAAUCUGGAUCCAAGUAUGACCAAUGUUACCCCCCCCCAUCCCAAAUUGAAUACAGUGGUACCUCUGGUUACGUACUUAAUUCGUUCUGGAGGUCUGUUCUUAACCUGAAACUGUUCUUAACCUGAAGCACCACUUUAGCUAAUGGUGCCUCCUCCUGCUGCUCCGCUGCGCGAUUUCUUUUCUCAUCCUGAAGCAAAGUUCUUAAACCGAUGUACUAUUUCUGGGUUAGCAGAGUCUGUAACCUGAAGCAUCUGUAACCUGAAGUGUCUGUAACCCGAGGUAGCACUGUACAUUGGUCAGUCAGGAGCAUUCAUUCACCCUUAACAUCCCAAACAGCUGUAGCUUAUUCAAGCAAUAACUUGAGACAUAAAGUUCAUGCUGAAAAUGCAGUCAGUAAAUUAGUCAUGGUUGCUUCAAGUAUGCCAAUGCUACCUGAAAUGAAGCAGUGUAGCAGUUUGAGCAGGAAGAUAAGAAAAAUACGCAUACUUGUGAUACUUUGGGGCCUUGACAAAGCUUUUCCUUCUCAUGCAUUAUAUCCUACUGCCAGCAUCCAAAUACCCUUGGUGUCCUGUUAUAUCUAUCCUCUGUUAUGCUGAAAGCAGUCUUUGGAGGAGCCAGUCUGUGUGCCAUAUCAGGGCAGGUGUGGUUAUGUGAUGAGGCUACUACUGCCUAUUGUGUAGGAAAGGAACCUGUGGCCUUCUAGCUGUUCAGCUCCCAUCAUCCAUGACCACUGGCCAUGCUGGCUAGGAUCAAUGGGAUCUGGGAAGCCAACAACUUCUGAAGGGCCACAGUUUCACCAUCUUGGAGUAGGGCAUUCUGCUCCGCAUUUCCCAAAGUUCAGAUGCUUUGGUUAGAUUGAUAUAUCUCCUGUCAGGUUUACUAUGCACCAACCGUAUCAUGUGGUUGAGCUCACCAUAUAAGGGGGUAUCCGAUAGUAGGUUCCCUCUAGGCAUGGAAGUUUGCUCUUACAUUCCUGGAGGGCAAGUAAACAUCUAAGGCAUGUACUUUACACUGUUCAGAAUGGGCCUAGGUAUUCCCAACAGUGGCUGCCCUUUCAGCAGAGAUUGGAAAGCCAGUUUAGGAAUCAACACUUCCUCCUCGCCCACCUUUCUGGGGAGCAAAUCUUCAUAUCAUGUUGACCACUAUUAAGAGAAGAGUCAGCGUUGCAGUCAACUGUCUGCAGUUAUCCAGAACUCUGGCAUGUGUUAACUGUGGUUAGGUGAGUGCCUGUGUUUCUUUUAACAGUGGUUAAGGCUAAGCAGGAGAAUUUGCUCUAGGGAGGGGGAUAGAUGACUGCUGAACUCUUAAUGGUAGCCUCGUUAAAUGAAUGAAUGAAUGCAUUUUAAUAAAAAUUAUAUGCUACUUGAUUGUAAACAAAAACCCUCAAAAUGGUUUACAAAGAGAAUACAGUUAAGAACAACUAUUUAAAACAUUUUAAAAAAAUCAACAGUAUAUUAGAAACAGAUUAAACCAGCCCAGUGUGUUCUUCCUCACCACUAUGGAAAAUAUAAAAAGAAAACAAACACUCUACCAUGGUUCAUAGGCAAACCAUCUCACAUCUGUAUUUAAAAUUCACUUAACUGGCAGAAGUGACUGCAAGCUCUCCAUCAUAAAGUGAACUUUGUAUAAAACUAUACCAUGUUCAUUUGACUGUUUCCUCUAGGGAGGAAAAAACCAUUGCCUGAAGGAAAAAUAAUGAAUUAUAUGUACCAGUUAUGCAAGUCUCUUGAUCACAUGCACAGGUAAGGCAGCCAUUUGUAUUUAUUUUUGCAAAUGUAGUAUUUGGCUAUAUUAUUGAGCUGGGAUCUGGAGAGUCCAGUGAAUACCCCAAAGGUACUGCUGUGAGGGUCAAAGUACAUAUGAUAUUAGUCGUGGGGCUGCUUUUAUUUUGGAGAAAAAGCAGCCUUGGGGCCCCUAUCCAGAAUGUGCAUUUAUUCUGACUUCACACUGAUGAAAAUUGCUCAUCUGCUUGCCUCCAAAAAGUAGACUACUGAUGGCAAUAUACAGCAUUUUCUGGGGCUAAUAGCAGCCAUAAGAGAAUGAUUUUCAGUAGGGGGGAAAUUGUAUUUCUCCAAAAUAAAAGGAAUCAAGUUAAUCCUACUAUAUAUAUAUAUAUAUGUAUCUCUCCCCUUCCUUCCAUAGGAGCCCAGGUAGCUUACAAUCUUCAUAAAAUCACAUUAAAACAACCUUAAAUCACAGUUUAAAAACACUAUGCACAGAAAAAACCAGUAAGCCACUAGCAGCAGGCUCUGCAUGUAACAUCCAUGCAGUUUGGCCUUGAUGUAUCUAUUCCAGCUGCAGCCUCUCCCGCUGCAAAUUCUUCUCUGCAGCAUGCCCCAAUCUCCAGGCCAGGGAUGGUUUUCAGGAGUGUUCAUAAGGUGGACUGGGAAUGGGACAGUGGGGAGCAGGAAAACCCCAAUGCACAGGGGCUUUCUGUAUGCCAUUCUUGGUAUAUAAAUACUUACUUGCCCUGCAUAAUUCUCUUGCAGGAAUGGGUUAUUUCACAGAGAUGUAAAACCAGAAAACAUAUUAAUAAAGGUAAGCAGUCUUUAGUGCAGUGUUUCUCAAAAUGUGUCCUACCCCCCUCCAGGUACGUGAAAGAGUUUCAAAGAGUACAAGGCAGAAUUUAUUAUUAUUUUAUCAUAAAUAAAAUAGUAUUAUUAAAAAUACCCCCAAUUUAUUUUUGCUUGAGAAGGGGCACACCAGUAAGACUAAACUCAAAAGAGGUUUGUUGUAGGUUUGGGAAACACAGCCGUAGCACAAGCGAUAAAUAUGUUGAAACUCUGUAUUCAUUAUGCUAAGACUGCAAUUUGGAAGUGCAUUUGUACCUAAGAGAAAAGUGCAUUGUUAGUUUUGGAUGUGGAACUACAGGUGCCCAGUUUAGAUAAGUGGCAGUAUUGUCCCUAGCCUUUCCCAAACACUACUGAUUAAGUGUAGUAAGUAAUCUUCUAUAACCUGGUAAGUCUUCUUGUGACCAAAGUUUCAAGCUUUUUCCCCCCGGUUAAGUACACCCCGUUAUGGGGACGCGGGUGGCACUGUGGGUUAAACCACCGAGCCUAGGACUUGCCGAUCAGAAGGUCGGCGGUUUGAAUCCCUGUGACAGGGUGAGCUCCCGUUGCUUGGUCCCUGCUCCUGCCAACCUAGCAGUUCAAAAGCACAUCGAAGUGCAAGUAGAUAAAUAGGUACCGCUCCAGCAAAGGUAAACGGUGUUUCCGUGCACUGCUCUUGUUCGCCAGAAGCGGCUUAGUCAUUCUGGCCACAUGACCCGGAAGCUGUACGCCGGCUCCCUCAGCCAAUAAAGCGAGAUGAGCGCUGCAACCCCAGAGUCGGCCACGACUGGACCUAAUGGUCAGGGGUCCCUUUACCUUUACACCCCGUUACCAUGUUAAGUGCUCCUGCAGUUACAUUUUCUCGCCAUUUCCAAAGACUACAAGCACUCUGCCCAAAAUAACCAUGGACCAGAAUUCAUUGCAAUGUAAUAGCCAGAUUUAAUUCUCAAAUUAAGCACCUUUACACAUGAUUGAUUUUAUAUGAAUGCCUUCUCAUUUGAGAUGCCACAACUAUCUUAACUGCAGCAGGAUCUUCUGAAGCUUGGGGAUUUUGGUUCCUGCAGAAGUAUACACUCCAAGCAGCCUUAUACAGAGUACAUCUCUACGCGCUGGUACAGGGCACCUGAAUGUCUUCUCACAGAUGGGUACUACAGUUAUAAAAUGGACAUGUGGAGCGCUGGCUGUGUGUUCUAUGAAAUUGCAAGGUACAUUAUCUUAAAGGAAUUGGUGGUUUGACUUGAGAGCAGGGCCGGCCCAGCCAUGAGGUGGGCUGAGGCAGCCGCCUUGGGCAGUGGAACACCAUGAGGUGGCACCCCUGUCUGCCCCGUCAUUAGUAGAGAAGCAGUGGUGGCAGCUUCCUGCCACUGCUUCGCGACCCAGGUAACGGAGGCGUUGGUAGUGGGGCAGCACUUUCCCAUUUUGCCUCGGGCGGCAAAACAGGACACACCGCCCUUGACUUAGAGUGAAAUUCACAUAAAGGGUAGGAUUGUGUAGAUGGCAUGAAGUGUUCACAGUUGUGUCACGGAAACAAUUUCUGUAAAAAGCUGGACAACAACAGGUAAAGCUCAGUGGUAAAUCACAUGCUUUUGCAUGGAGAAGGUUUUAGAUUUAGUCUUUGGCCUUGCUAGUAGGCAUAUACUUGAGUCUUCACUGGGGGCGGGGAUUGGCUUUGAGGGGGAUGGCAGAACCCCCAGAACAGCACAUGGGGAGGGAGAGAGGAUUGUUCUGUCUGGCAAGCUGCAUUGCUUGCACAGAUGGAAUGUUUGCAAUAGCACAAUGCUGAAUUCCACCUGUAAUCUCCUCAGUAGUUGGUGCAGGGGGCAAAUACUACCAAUUUAAGACUGCCACAAUUUAAGACUGGACAGUUUUCCUCACAAGGAGAAAACCCUCAACCCUGGCAGUUUAAUUUCCCACACUGCCCAACCAAUUCCUCUUUUUUUGUUUCUAGUUUCCACCCACUCUUUCCUGGAUCUAAUGAACUGGACCAAAUAUCGAAAAUCCAUGAUAUUGUAGGUACUCCUCCCAAGAAGAUCCUUAAUAAGUUCAAGCAGUAAGUACAUUUUGAAUUCUGGGAUUUAAUAGUGCAUUCUCUCUGUGAUCGAACCUGUACAAAUAAAUAUCUUAAUUUAGAGGAGAAUGCUCACGCAUCAUGUCAAGGAAGCUGUUUGCUAGUCCGUAGCUAAAACAGUGUAGACUAACAAUUCAGUGUAACCCAAGGCUACUUCAUCAGUUGUGAGCUGAAGUCACACUCCAAAUCUUGUGAAUUGAUUAGAUUGCUCACUGUCUACUUUUCCAUUCAAAAACAAGUUAGAUCUCUGCUUCAGAGUGUUAAGUGGUACAGAUAUACCAGCUUCAGGCUCCAUCUGCAGAGCAGAUCCAGCAGAGGGACACGCAUUUAUCCCUUUGCCUCCCCAGAGAUCCCACUCCCCACCCCUAUGCCACAAGUCACACAUGCUUCUACUCCAGCAUUGUGGUAUUUUAAACUGUGAUCAGUGAGUACUUCCUCAAGCACAGGAAGAUCCUGAUAGCUGCUAUUUACUUAAUGGCUAAGAUGCUGAGUCAGGAAGUCACCUCUGCCAUGACCUCACCAGGUGCCCUGAGGCAAGCUACUGUCUUCUCAACCUCAUUCCUCUAUGACAUGGGAAUAACCUGGAUCAUUAAUGCAUGAGAAGUCCUUUGAACACUCAACAAUGCUACGUAUAUGUUAAGUAGGCUAUGGGUUGCAAAGCACUGCUGAAGACAGCCCAGUAGCCAGAUCUCUGACCAUAGGUGUUAUACGCUGACAAAGUCUCACUAUUGUCAGUAAUUGUGCUGCAACAACUCUGCACAAACUUCAGCCUCUAGAUCAAGUGCGAGGGAAGCCUCACCUAGAGUGCACUGCAGCAAUCCAGUCUUCAGGCAACCAAUUUGUGAACUGCCGUGGCCAGGUUUUCCUGGUCCAGGAAUGGCUGUAUCAGUCAAAGCAAUUGCCAUUGGUAAAAGGCACCUCUAAGCUGCUGAGGCUUCCAGUGACAGAGCUGGAGCCAAAAGCACAAACAAACUGUGAACCUGCUGCUUCUGGGUAGACAGAUCGAAGACAAAUCAGACAAAGAGCAAAAUGUGUAUUUAGCCUUCAAGAUUUUCUACAUCAGCUUUAUCUCUUUGGCAUCCCUGCCCCAUCUCCCCAGUAAGGCUGACAUUAAUAGCCUCCUGACAGGAAUGUGUUUCCUUUCACUGGAUUAAUGCAGGUCACGAGUGAUGAGCUUUGAUUUUCCCAUCAGAAAAGGGAAAGGAAUCUCUCCAUUUAUGCCUAGCUUGUCAAACAAGAGCCUAACUCUUAUGUAUGCAAUGAUACAAUAUGAUCCUGACGAGAGGAUCUGUGCCCAUGAAGCCCUACAGCACCCUUACUUCAGAGAAUUAAGGUAAGUAAACUUUCAGUGUCUCUUGAAUUGAGCAAUAAAUGUGGAGUUGCUGGUGCCUCCAGCUUAAUCCCAGACUUAAAAUCAGUGAGUGAGGUCCACCAUUGCAACAGUGCAUGAACAGGACUUCCCUUCCUCUCACAAUCGCCUUAAUCCUCCCAAACUGCUCCAGAGAGGCCCUUGGCUAACUAAAGCAGACCACAGGGGCAGGUGGGGGGCUGCGAGGAAGGGAAAGUCCCACUGGUGCAAACACGAUUCAACACUGGAUAUCACCCAGAGGACUUAAAUUACAUCUAUAGCAUCCAAGCUUAAAUCUUGACCUACUUCACUAGGUUUGGGUACUUAACAGCUGCAUUUUAAAUUACUGUUUAGUACGGCUGAAAAACGGAAGUUGCUAUGUUGGCUCGACUCUCUAGUUGACACAAAUGAAUUUUGAGUUUCAUAGGUGAGAUUUUGUCUGGCUCUGUGCUGAACAGGUUGGCAGAGAAACAAGCUUUGACCAUACGCAGAAGAAUGAGAUUAGCAGAAAACCCAUUAGAAAGGGAGACUCUCAGCUUGCGUCGUAUUUCAAAGGAGGAUCAAAGGCAGGUAAUCUUUAAAUCAAUGAAUAAGUAAUAAACCUAAUUAAGUAAUGUCAUUUUAAAAUUGCCAGCAGAACAACCCUGUGUCAAAUGUGAUGAUAUGAUGAAUAGUGUCCAAUAGGCAAAACGUAUUUUAGGAUUCUUGUCUCAAAAGGAUCCAAGGCUGUAUGGAUUUCUGAUCUAAACAAACUAUGUCCAUCUAAGCAAGACAGGUAGCUUUAGAAAAGGCUUUGCAUACAUUCUGCACACUAGCCUUGCAAAUAAGCUCCCAAAAGCUACUAACCUGCAAAAAUAUUUACUAGCUUGUUGGUGGCUGGGGGAAGAGGGCUCUAUCCCUCUUGCAGGAACCUGUUCCAUUUAUAUGGAAUUGCAGGGAGGCUUCCUGGCAGCCUGUUUAGUUUCUAGCUUGGGAGUGGAUGGGGGAAAAGUUCUGUCCCUUCUCUACAAGCCUGUUCAUCUGCCUGCAUGGAAUUUCUUGUUGCCAGUCACUACCAGGCUAAUGUCAGGGUGCUGAAUAUUAUGAUUUACAGCUUGGAGGAGCAUACAGUAUAGCAUUUGGCACUCAGAAAACUUUUAGUGACCUUAUGAAGAUGCACAUGUAAUUAUGCUGGAACAGGUUAUUUACACAUCUUUUCUCGAGAUGUUCCUAUGAGCAUGACUGCUGUUGCGUCCAGGCUUAUUAAAUCAUCCCUGCAAAUUGCACAUUAAUUAUAGAACUAUGAAAUCGGAAGAAUCUGGCUGAACCAGAUGCAAGUUGUCACUUGAGCUAUCAGUAUCCCAUUUGCCAGCACCCAAGCAAGAUUCUGUGCUGACCAAACUGAAAUCCAAGCAGGGGAAAGAGGGUCACUUAUUCUAACAAAGCUUUUCCAGGAUCUAUUGCAUCACUUGUGCAAGGGGAGGCGGCAGGAUGAAAUGUGCCCGAUGAACAACAGAUCUUACCUUUUGAAACCACUACACUAAGCUUCCUUCCCACCAUGGAAUUCUGAAGGCACCAGGUUUAAGUUGCCAACACCUUAUCAAAUUCUAUGUCAGAUCUAACCAAUGUUUUGUCUUAUUUAAAAGGUAUUCCAAUAGCUCUUCUAGGGAGUAGUUUUAGAAAUUAGAAAUUAAUCUCAUGCUACUAACAGAGCAAGUUUGAUCAGGCCUCAGCUUGUGGCACAGUUGAAAUUCUUGGUUCUCUCAAAAUUAGAGCAGCAAAAAAUCUAUUUUCCUGGUAAGUAUCCACCUUCCAAUGUGCUCCACCUUUUCUUCAGUAGUGUUUGGAUACCAGUAUUGGUGUGGUUACCAUUAUCUACGUUUGCUCCUACACUAAUCCUAAUACCUUUAAAGUACACCCAUCUAUGUGUUUCUUUCUGAAGGUGUGAUCACAGAAAAUAAGCAGCACUACUCGGGAAGAACCAUUUUGGUUGUAAGUUUGUAUACAUGCUUAGACCAUCACAGCAGCAAUGUCAACCAGACCAACACAGGUCGUCAAAACACUUAACAUUUAGCCUACACAAAACAUACUGAUUUCAAAAAAAAUUGAACUUUUAUUUUUAUUUUAAAAGAACUUUCUUAGGAGAGCCCAGGAGAAUCCACUGGGACGUCGUGGAUUUCCCUAUACAGUGGAGUUGCCCAAACUGGCUGUUCCUGAAGUAACCAACUUGACUUCUUACCCUAAUCCUCCAUUUCAGUCAGUUUUUCCUCUCCCAGCAACCAACGGGCAAGUCCAAGUGUUGCAGCCCAUAACAUAUUUUGGGACACACUGCAAGGUAAUUCUGCCUUGCUUAUCAGAUUGUACAAUUUUAGACAAGUAAUUAACAGCCCAUUUUAACUUGUGUUGUCUCACCAACAGUCUGAAAGACAGAAGGAAUUUAAAUCGCCUGUGAAACACUACCACUUGCCUGCUUUGGGAAGAAGAGGUGGUUACUGAUGGACUAAGAAUCCCUUGUGCUCGCCAAUACUUUUGAAAGGUACACUAACAGCAAUAGUGCCUUAACUUCUCAAAUGCUGCAGCAAGAUGCUACAAUAUUAUUUUUUUUGUGCUUAACUUUAAAAAAAGGAAAAGGAGCCUUUCUAUGUGAGCACCGUUUUCAUAACUCAGACUGCACUUCAUUUUUUUUUUAAGCUCCCGAUGUACAAUUUUAUUUCCUCUUAAGUGGGUCGUACAUUUGUUCCAAUUGUGCUUCUCUGGUAGGAAUGGAAUUGUUACUACUUUUAUAUUAAAUACGAUACCGUACUUCUUAUUUGUGUUGAAACUGAAUUUGUGUAUUUUUGUAAAUGUGACUGUGGAGAUAUAGAUUGAAGCAGCGGGGAAGGUGUUUGGUAGUUUCAAAACCCGAGUCUACUUAGUGUCUUCUGGAGUAUGUUACAUCUGAUUUGAGUGCAAUCUUGUGUAAAGAUUUUUUUUCCAAAUUAUGUAAAUGGGCAGAUUUUCUCUGCAUGCGUCGUUCGUAAGAUCAAGUUAGUCUUGCUGUUGCUCUCCCAACAUAUUCCUGUAGCACGGAAGCUUAAACAGCAUGAGCAUGCUUUAUCAGUUAAAAUACGAUUUGUCACAUGCUCAAUACAAUUUCACUUCAAAGAACACAUUGUGCAUUUGUGCUAGAAGAGCCAAUAAUAUCUGAAAGUCUAUUUUGUGGGGGAGGGGCCUUGUCUCUGCCAGGGACAAGAAGAUUCUUAAGUCGUUUUCAGAAUGACCGUUUAAAUGAAAAAUAAAAACGCCGUUUUAUUAAAAUACAGG